CGUGUUUGUUGCGUAUUAAGUUCUUUAGGUUAUAUAUAUUUUUUACCUAUGUUUAUAUAAAUAUAAUGCAUAAAGAAAAAUUUUCAAACUGAUAAUUAUUAAAAACUCAUUUAUAGAUUUAUUUUAUUAUUAAAUACAUGUUUAUAGAAUUACUUAAUUCGAACAAAAUUGAAAUUAGUAUAAAAGAUUAUGUCAGUGCACCGUAUGCUCGUCGGAAACAUGAUAAGAAUAUUGUAUAAAAACUAUUAGUAUUAUUAAUGAUAAAUUAAAUUUUAUGUGAAAUUUGUGAACGGAACUAUGGACGAACCUGUUGCAACGACUGAAAAGUCGAAAAAAAUUGAAGCAAUAAAUAAAGAAACAAUCCAUCACAUUUGUUCCGGUCAGGUAAGGUUAAGUGGUGUUGGAUCUAGCUAUAGCUGUCAAAGAAUUAGUGGAAAACAGUUUAGACAGUGGUGCUACAACAAUUGAUGUUAAAUUGACUGAUUAUGGUAGAACAUGCAUCAGUGUGAAUGACAAUGGUAGUGGUGUUCUGGAGCAAGACUUUGAAGGCUUGGGAUAUAUUAAAUUGAAAAUAGUUUUGGAAAUAAUAAUAAAGUGAUUUCUUUUCUUUCAAUCAGGCUUGAAGCACCAUACUUCAAAGCUUCGAGAAUUCACAGAUCUAACAGAAAUGAAUACAUUUGGUUUCCGUGGUGAAGCACUGAGUUCACUGUGUGCUUUAUCUGAAUUAAGUGUCAUCACCAGGCACUCAUUAAAUGAACAUGGUUUUAAAUUGGAAUUCGACCGAAAUGGCAUAUUAACAAAAAAAGAAUCAUGUGCUAGAGAGAGAGGAACCACGGUUCAUGUGAGGAAUAUAUUUAAGAAUUUGCCUGUACGAGCUAAGGAGUUUCAAAAGAACUUGAAAAAGGAGUAUGCUCGUACUAUCCAAGUUUUGUAUGGUUAUUGCUUGGUUUCCACCAAUAUCAAGAUCACUUGUUUCAAUUUAAUAUCAGGCAAAUCGCCCAAUCUUAUAGUAGCCACAAGAAGCACUAAUAAUGUUUUAGACAAUGUGAACUCUGUAUUCGGCAAAAAAGCUCUGGACAGCAUCGUGAAGCUCGAAUUGCAAGUUCCCGACGAAAUGACACUGCAGGAAUAUAAUCUGUCUGAAAAUGUAACCGUGGACUUCGACUGGGAAUGUUAUGUGAGCGUCUGCGAUCACGUGAUUGGACGUUCCUCUCCUGAUCGACAAUUUUUUUAUGUAAAUGGCCGACCCUGCGAUCUCACAAAAGUCGGUAAACUAAUGAAUAAUGUGUACCACAGAUACAAUAAUAAGCAAUAUCCGUUCGUCUUUCUGAAUAUCAAAUUAGACCGGCAGUCCGCCGACGUUAACGUUACUCCCGACAAGAGAACAAUAUUUUUCACGCAAGAGCGUCUCAUUUUGGCAACGUUGAAAUUUAGUUUAACAGCGAGAUGGGACAAAAUGCAGGGAAAUUUCACAACUAAAACUCUGACCGAGUUGAAUUUCGGUUUAAAAAGAGCGAUUUCGCCGACCUGCACGCAUCCGCCAGCCAAAAGGUUGCAAACAUCACCUUCAGUAUCACAUGUAGCAAGAGAUAAUGAUACUUGGAAAGAUAUAAAGUUAAGGAAGAAACCUAUGAAUGCAGAAAUGACGAUAAGUAUAACAAUGAUAAAAGAGAAGCUAAAAACGAAAGAGGAAGCUGAUAAGGCACCUGCCAAUAUAGGAAAGAGAAUAAAAUACAGAAUACAAAUGGAAGAUAAUCAAGGCGACGCUGAAAAAGAACUGCAAAGAGAGCUGACAAAAGAUUCAUUUGGCAAGAUGGAGAUUAUAGGUCAGUUUAAUCUUGGUUUCAUAAUAGCUCGCCUAGAAGAUGAUCUCUUCAUUAUAGACCAACACGCCACCGAUGAGAAAUUUCGUUUUGAGAAGCUUAGCAACGAGACGAAACUGAAAACACAAAAGCUUAUCAUGCCGAAGUCACUGAACUUCUCCGCACUGAACGAAACGAUACUCAUAGAGCAUCAGCAGACGUUCGAAGACAACGGGUUUACGUUCAAAAUCGACGAGCAAGCUGAACCCAGCAAAAGGAUAGAAUUGAUAGGAAUGCCUGUCAGUGGUGGUUGGCAGUUUGGCCAAGACGACAUCGAAGAAUUGGUGUUCCUUAUCAGAGAAGGAGGCAGUGAGAACAAGGAGAAGCACAUAUUUCGGCCGAGUCGUGUCAGACAGAUGUUGGCAUCCAGAGCAUGUCGCAGCGCAGUCAUGAUCGGCACAGCUUUAAGCAUCAGUGAGAUGCAAAGGCUGGUAACGCAAAUGACGCAAAUGCAGAAUCCAUGGAAUUGUCCGCAUGGCAGGCCUACUAUACGACAUCUUUUAUCAUUGCUAUUAAUAAAUAAGUAAAUGAACUGUGA